AUGGUAACUUCAUAUAGUUCCAACUCAUCAGCAACCAACAGUUCAAGGAGGACUUCAAAUUCUACUGAUCAAUCGUCAACGCAAAUGACAUCUUCUUCAUCCUCCUCAGAGCGUCCUACCCUGCGUGCUGCUAAUACUGAACUGCAUGGAAGACAACCAAGAACACCGACAAGAAGGACAUCAUCAUGGUUUCGAAGUGCCUCCACUUCAUUCAUACCUAGAUCUCAAAGACACAGUAGUAAUGAUCAUCCAACUAAUACACCAGUAGAACAUCAAGCUCGUGACGACAUCUUGCUUGAUAUAUUGCCUUCUUUCGAAAUGUAUAAUUCCCUUCAUAGACAUAUUCCACAAGGUAAUGUUAACCCUGAUCUUCAUGACUUUCCCCCAUCUUAUCAAGAGAUACAAGAAGGGAGCAGCUCAUCGGGAACAACGAUCCGUAUCCAAAAUGAUGUUGACUAUAUGCAAUCACCUGAAUCGCCCACAUCAAUGCUAGAGGGUCAAACGGAUGGUGAGCAAGAUAUUUAUGUUACUCCAUCGUAUGCAUUACGUACCUUACAUGCUUUGGAAACGCAGCAUCAAAACCUUAAUUGGGAGCGAUUUAUUACCAAUACAGAUGAUGACUUGAAUGAAUCUGAUAAUAUUUUUGUCGAUGAUAUUUAUACGCUACCCAAAGUGGCUUCGCCCAUUCAAAUCAGUAUCAAACUCACUAAGCAACCUUGUGUCCCCCAUGUUAAGCCAGAAGAAGAGUCUAUCUUGAAAGAAUUUACAUCGGGAGAAAUCAUUUAUGGAUACUUUCUUGUUACAAAUAAAUCAUUGGAGCCAUUACCGUUUGAAAUGUUUUAUGUAACCUUGGAAGCCUAUACUUCAAUUGUUGAUAAGCAAAGAAGGAAAAGAACUUUGAAAAGGUUUUUGAGAAUGGUAGACAUGAGUGCAUCUUGGUCGUACACAAAUAUUUCCAUGGGUACAGGUAAGAAAAUGCCUCCAGGUGAAAUUGAUUUCGAUAAAACAAUUAUUGGGUUACCUAAUAGUAGAAUCUUGGAGCCUAUGACCACAUAUAAGAAAUACUUUAUGUUUAAAUUACCCAAUCAGUUAUUAGAUACCACUUGUAAGCAAGAACAUUUUUCACAUUGUCUCUUGCCUCCAAGUUUGGGGUGGAUAAAUAAAAAUGGGUGUGUAUAUUCUGGGAUUGAAGUUAAUAACGUAUUAGGCUUUGGUCAUAUUGGUACGAAAGGUUCUCCCAUUUUGACAUACGAUAUGGCAGGUGAAAGUGUUUCAGUUAAUUAUUCAGUGGACGCCAGAAUUGUUGGGAGUAAUCCAAUUAAUGAUGGAAAAUUAGCAAUAAUGAGUGAAAGACAAUAUAAUUUAAGAAUUGUCCCAUUUGCCUUUGGAUCUGCAUUAGUUGGCGAACGUGGGUUUUCGGAACAAUUAAAGCGGUUAACUUUGUUAGUGCAGGAAAGAUUAGCUGCUUUGGAGAAUGUGUUCUGUCGCCUGCGAGAUGGUUCACCAAUUACAAAUGUUGAUAUUCAUGGAACUGAUCUUUCUGGUUAUGUAGAUGCCAACACUGAAUUAGAUUCAGAUGAAAUUCUAAGAAGGAAAGUUGAUCAACUACACGUCCUUAAUAGAAUGGAUGGGCCAAUGGAUUCUUCUGAUAUCGCUGAUUUCAAAGGUUUGGCAAGUAAAUCAGAGGGGAUCGUCGAAUCUGAGCUGAACUACAGGAUAAAGGGGAAGUCAAACUCAGGUUCCAGGAAAGGAUUAUUUGCAGGGUUCCAAGCUGCUUUAACAGGAUCAUCAUUGGCAGCAUCCUCUUCUUGUGGCAUCGUUGAAGCCAAGGUAGAUAAACUGGGCAUGAUAUUAGCGACAGUUAAGAUUCCACAGAAAAGUUUAGCCUAUUGGUCUCCUUCAUUAUUAAGGAAGACUAAUCUAUUUGAAAAGAAAACUAAGCAUGCACAAGAAAAUUGGAUGCGUCUGCUGAACUUAUUGCCUGAAGAAGAGCGGACUUCACUGACGGAUUUGGAUAUUCAAUUGACCUGUAUACAGUCCAAUAAUAGUGUGCCACAUGAACCUGCUGAGAUUCAAGCCGUCACCACUGAACUAUUCUGCAUAACGGUUACAUCUGAAAAUUCGAUUCCAACCAAGCUAAAUUCUCAACAACUUAUGGAUGAGAAAAAGCUGAAUGAUAUGAAGGAAACGUUUAGAAAUUUCCAGAAAACCAUUCAGGAUUAUCAGAGAAAAUUCAGUGACAACAACGAAAAGUUGAAUGAAUUGUACAAUAUUAACAGGACAGUGGCUACUGCCAGAGAAUUGAAGUUUUCCAACUUCAUUACUCAACAAAUAUACAACGAUGUUGAAAGUUUAGCUAACCUUAAGGUAAACGUGACAUGUUUAUCAAACGUCUUCAAGAAACAGGCAAAGCCAGAAAAAUUGUUCUCCAAUUCGCUAUCGGGAUCCACAUUGAAACCUAGUAGUAGCAGUAGUAGUAGCUUAAACAACAACAACAACGUUUGGAGGCGGAAAUCGAAUUUGCAAUAUGAGAGAGACCUUAAUGUCAACUUGGAAUUUAACAGAAAUCUAAUUCAAACAUUGGUGCCAAGCUUUGAAAGUUGUCUCUGUAGUAGGUUUUAUUCAGUCCGUGUUAACAUCAAAUUUCAUCACCUUGGAACCCUCACGAUAGAUGUCCCCAUAUCAGUGAAAAACUUCGUUACCUGA